CCACUUCUUACAGACAGUCGCUUGUCUAGAGUAAAGAUGCCUCCGCGCGUGUCCAGAUCGAGUGUGCCUACCAAUGGGCCGAAGCAAGGAAAGACGGCAAAGAACAAGUCCAAGAAGCGCAGCUUGGAUGCAUACGCCAGAGCAGAGAAACUCGUUCCGCAGGAACGGUUAGGAAUCGCAAAGCACCGUCUGGGAGAAAUCGAGGACGAUGGCCCACGGCACAAACGGCAACGAAGAGACAGCAACGAAGAGAGUGACGAGAAUGAAGACGAAGAGCCGCAGCGAAAGCGGCCAAGCCAGCGACGAACGAAGGGCGAUGAUGUCGACGCCGAGUUUGGUUCCGACAGUUCGGGCAACGAGUGGACCAUGGGCGGGUUGGCUGAAGACGACGAGGACAGCGACCUGGACUCGGACGAAGCAUUUGGGGAAAGCGACGAAGAAAAGUUCGAAGGUUUCACAUUCAGAGGGAGCAGGAAUCUGAAAGGCAAGAAAAGCAAAGGCGGCAGGACACCAAAAAGGAAAAACCUUGACCUCGAUGAGCAAGAGCAGGAAGACGAGGAUAGUGGAGACAGUCAGGACGAGGAAGGUUUGGGCUUUGGCGAUGAGGCUGUCGAUCUGGCUGCAAUGUUGGACGAUCCUGCGUCUGAUGAUGAUGCACAGCAAGAAGGAAGUGGUAGUGAUGAGGAGGAUGAGGAAGGAUAUGAUUCGGAGUCUGAGUCGGAAGAGGAUUCGGAUGACGAUGUAAACGACGAGGAGAAGGCAGCACGAAUGCGAGACCGUUUGGAAGCGCUCGACCCUAAAUCGUCAAAGGAAAAGUCAGGAGCAUCGACACCUGGAGCGGAUAUCGAUAUGAACGAUUUAUUUGCCGACUUCGCUGAGGAUGUGGCACCCACGACGGGCACGUCAAAGAAGGCCAAGAAGAGAGCACAGCAAGCGCCUAUCUCUGCUCCUCUUCCAAAGCGACAACAGGUCCGGAUCGAUCGGGAGAUAGCAACAGCGAAAGCGAAGGAGACCCUCGAUCGAUGGAAGAACACAGUGAUUCAGAACCGAAGGGCAGAGCAUCUAUCAUUUCCGCUGCAGCAUCCUGAUGACACUGGUGUCACCGUUGGUAAGGAGAAGUUCACACCCGCGACUCAAGGUGCGCCCGCGAACGAGCUCGAAGAGAGCAUUCAGCGCAUUAUGGAGGAAUCGGGGCUUGCCACACAGCGAGAUGCUGAAGGAGGAGCGGAAGAGGAGGAAGACGAGGAAACUGCUCUGUUGAAAGCCGAGGGAAUGGCUGAGAAGCACAUGGAUGUGGAAGAGGUCAUGAGACGUCGAGCGGAACUCCGGAAGCAGAGAGCAUUGCUCUUUCGCGAAGAGAUCAAGGCGAAGAGAAUUGCCAAGAUCAAGAGCAAGAGCUACCGAAGAGUGCACCGUAAGGAGCGUGAGAGAGCAAAGGAGCAAGAGCAGCUGGCUCUAGGCGGUCUGGACUACGAUGCUAUGGACGAGGACGCCAAAGAGAAGCACGACCGCCAAAGAGCUGAAGCUAGAAUGUCCACAAGGCACAAAGACUCGAAAUGGGCGAAGUCUUUGAAACAGACAAAUCGCACAGCGUGGGAUGAUAGUGCUCGUGAUGGAGCAGUUGAACAAGCUCGGCGGAACGAGGAGCUGAAAAGGCGAAUGGCCGGAAAGGACAUUUCUGACGACGAAGGGAGCUUGUCGCCUGAUAGCGAUGGUGACGAGGAGGUCACAGCCGAGCAGCUUGAUGCAUUGCAGAAAGAAGCUGGCAGCAAAAAGGGCUUGGCAGGCCUCAAGUUCAUGCAAAAGUCUGAAGAGAAGCGCAGAAAAGCCAACGAUGAGGCUGUUGAGCGUAUACGAAGAGACCUGGCCAUUGCGGACGGGGACGAAGCUGAGAGCGAAGACGAGGACGAAGGACUAGGACGAGCCAUCUUUGGACCUUCUUCUAAGGAGCAGAAGCGUCAGGAUAAGCAGAAGCAGGAGUUCGAGGCGCCUGAAGAUUCUGAUGAGGAGGCCGAAGAGCGCGAGGCUGCUGAAGCUGGCAUUGUUGUCGACAGACCGCAGUCGAAGGGUACUUCAACAUCGAACGGAGCUUCCAAGAAGAAUACACCAGCGAGCGGUCCACUUGCCAAGGGCGUAUCGAAAUCAUCUGAGCAAGCAGAAUCCAAGAAAGAGUACGGAGGCUGGCUUUCCACUGGUGGGAGCAAAUCGAAGAAAUCCAAUGCAGCUGUCGAAGCCGAUAUCAUCACUCCCUCAGCCAUCGCCGCAGCGCCCCAGGAGCCCGCCAAAUCUAAUGCUGGACAAUCAAAGCCAAAGGAAACCGACUCUGCCGCAGGCAACACGAAUGGUUGGACCACCGUCUCAUAUAAGAAUGAUGCUGCCAACGACGAUGAAGACGCCUCCGACGCCGAACCCACCAACGCCAUCCUCAAUCCCAAAGAAAAGCACCAACUCUCCCUCCAAGAACGCGCCUUCGCAGGCGACGACGUCGUAGCAGCAUUCGAAGCCGAGAAAGCCGACAUAAUCGCCUCCGAAGACGAAAAAGAAACCUCAAACUACCUCCCCGGCUGGGGCUCCUGGACCGGCACAGGUCUCAGCAAAUCACUCAAAAAAGCCAACAAAAAGCAACAACAUAAUCCACUCUAUAAAACGAAAGUCGCGGGUGUGAGAGCGAAUGAAAGGAGUGAUAGGAAUUUGGAUAAGGUUAUUAUUAGUGAGAAGCAGGAUCGGAAGGGGAAGAAGUAUCUUGCUCCGACGCUGCCGCAUGAGUUUGAGACGAGGGAGCAGUAUGAGAGGAGUAGGAGGUUGCCUGUGGGGCCGGAGUGGACUACGAAGGAGGUGCAUCAGAAGAUGGUUAGGCCGAGGGUUGUGGUUAAGAAGGGGGUUAAUUUGGAGGCGAUUGGGAGGCCGGUUGCGUAGGGUUCUUUGAUGAUAUGAAGGCGAGUUCAGCAUGACAGGCUAGAUGAAAUAAGAGUGUGAGCCCA